GGAAAAAUUAGUAAUAUCUGAUACUUUGGAAUCAUUUCAGGAAACCUGCAGGCUGGAGAGCUCGGUUUUGCAGCUUUGCCGGGAAAAGAGGUUAACUUCAGGGAAUCGCUUGAACGAUCAAUACAAUAUGCAAAGGCACUUGGCUGUGGCAAGUUGCACAUAAUGUCUGGACGGAGAAGCAAAGACCACGAUGAGGAAACACACUUAGCUACCUUGGAAGCAAAUUUAAAUCAUGCUGUCAGCCGCCUUUCUGCAGAGAAUAUUAUUGGUUUAAUUGAACCAUUAAACCCUGUAUCUACUCCUGGCUAUUUCCUCAACAGUUUUGAGACAGCCCAGUUGUUGAUAGAGAAGAUCAACUCACCCCAUCUGAGGCUGCAGCUAGACAUAUUUCACAUGCAGAUGAUAUGUGGCAAUGUCACCAACAAUAUCAAGAAGUUCAUGCCUAUUGUGGGUCAUGUGCAGGUUGCCCAGGCACCCCAUCGCCAUGAACCAUCUUGUCCGGGAGAACUCGACUAUCCUUACGUUUUUUCAGUUUUACGAGAGGCUGGUUAUGAGGAUUAUGUUGGUGCUGAAUACAGUCCAUCAACAAACUCGGCCAAUUCUCUACAGUGGUUGGGGAAAUGCCAGUUGCAUUUUUAAACUAAAAAUAAUUUUAAACAUGGUAUGUUUGUAUAUAUAAAUUCUGAAACAAAAUACUUGCCCCUGUUCA